CGCUCGCACCUGUGUGUUUGCGCAUGUGCAGAACUCCCUGCAUGAUUUUCUUGUUGCUGCUUCGGAUAUGUAACGUUCUCAGUCAUUACAUUACAAACAUAACUUCAACGUGGAUCUAACUCACCAUGAAAACCAGGUUUACCACCGUGGACAUCCGGGCAGUUAUUGCCGAGAUCAAUGCCAACUACAUCGGCAUGAGAGUGAAUAACGUUUAUGACAUCGACAAUAAGACAUAUCUGAUCCGUCUACAAAAGCCCGACAGCAAAGCCGUUCUGCUGAUAGAGUCCGGGACCCGCUUUCACUCUACGGACUUCGAAUGGCCCAAGAACAUGAUGCCUUCAGGCUUCGCUAUGAAAUGUCGGAAGCAUCUGAAAGGCCGGCGGCUGACUCAGGUCAAGCAGCUGGGAAUCGACAGGAUCGUCGACAUCCAGUUCGGUUCCGACGAAGCCGCCUACCACCUGAUCGUCGAACUCUACGACAGGGGUAACAUCAUCCUGGCGGAUCAUGAGUACACCAUCCUGAACCUGCUGAGGUUUCGCACCGCCGAGGCCGAAGACGUUAAGAUAGCGGUGAGGGAGCGGUACCCGGUGGAGAGCGCCCGGCCGCCAGAACCGCUCAUCACUCUGGACAGGCUGUCAGAAAUCCUGAGCAAAGCUCAACAUGGAGAACAGGUGAAGAAAGUCCUGAACCCUCAUCUGCCCUACGGAGCCACUCUGAUUGAACACAGUUUGAUGGAAGCUGGCCUGCCAGGCUCCUUAAAAGUCGACAGUCAGGCCGACGUCGCUGAAGUUGCUCCUAAAAUCCUGGACGCUCUGCAGCUCGCUGAGACGUACAUGGACAAAACGGAGAAAUUCAGCGGAAAAGGUUUCAUCAUUCAGAAGAGGGAGAAGAAACCCAGCUUGGCUCCUGGGAAACCCGGUGAAGAUCUCCUGACGUACGACGAGUUCCACCCGUUCCUCUUCGCCCAGCACACCAACAGCCCCCAUCUGGAGUUUGAGACGUUCGACAAGGCGGUGGAUGAGUUUUUUUCCAAGAUGGAGAGCCAGAAGAUCGACAUGAAGGCCCUGCAGCAGGAGAAGCAGGCUCUGAAGAAGCUGGAGAACGUGAAGAAGGACCAUGAGCAGCGGCUGGAGGCUCUGCACCAAGCGCAGGAAGUGGACAGAGCGAAGGGCGAGCUGGUGGAGAUGAACCUGGCGGUGGUGGAGCGGGCGCUGCAGGUGGUGCGCAGCGCGCUGGCUAAUCAGGUGGACUGGACGGAAAUCGGCGCCAUUGUGAAGGAAGCGCAGGCGUCUGGCGACCCGGUGGCCUGCGCCAUCAAGGAGCUGAAGCUGCAAACCAACCACAUCACCAUGCUGCUGAAAAAUCCCUACGUUUCUGAUGAAGAGCAGGAGGAAGAGGAGGAGAAGAUCAGAGUGGAGGAGAAAGGAAAGAAAAACAAGAAUAAAGGGCAGAACAGGAAGCUGCAGAGGAACAAGCCGAUGCUGGUGGAUGUGGAUCUGGGCCUGUCGGCGUACGCCAACGCCAAGAGAUACUACGACCACAAACGCAGCGCUGAGAAAAAGGAGCAGAAAACCAUCGAAGCUGCAGGCAAGGCCAUGAAAUCUGCAGAGAAGAAAACGCAGCAAACCCUGAAGGAAGUCCAGACUGUCACCACCAUCCAGAAAGCCCGCAAGGUCUACUGGUUCGAGAAGUUCCUGUGGUUCAUCAGCUCUGAGAACUACCUGGUGAUCGCAGGGAGGGACCAGCAGCAGAACGAGAUGAUCGUCAAGCGCUACCUUCGCUCAGGUGACAUCUACGUCCACGCUGAUCUGCAUGGAGCGACCAGCUGCGUCAUCAAGAACCCGUCAGGCGAUGCCGUUCCUCCCAGGACGCUGACCGAAGCCGCCACCAUGGCCGUCUGCUACAGCGCUGCCUGGGAUGCCAAGAUUAUCACCAGCGCCUGGUGGGUCCACCACCAUCAGGUGUCUAAGACGGCUCCCACUGGAGAGUAUCUGACCACUGGAAGCUUCAUGAUCAGAGGAAAGAAAAACUUCCUUCCUCCGUCCUACCUGAUCAUGGGCUUUGGCUUCCUGUUUAAGGUGGAUGAGCAGAGCGUGUUUCGGCACCGCGGCGAGCGAAAGGUGAAAACGGUGGAGGAAGACCUGGAGGAAGUGACAUCGAGAGCUGCUGAGCUGCUGGAGGAAGGGGAGGAGCUUAUCGGAGACGACAGCAGUAAUGAAGACCAGGGCAGAGCAGCAGACGAGGCGGAGAACCAUAAAGAAGCAGAAAUGGCCGCCGCCGCGCAGCCGGGCGACAUGGAGGACGACGGGAACGACGAAGACAGCGGCGUGGAAGACGAGACGAAGAGCGACCAGUUCAGCUUUCCAGACACCUCCAUCUCCCUCUCCCACUUACAGCCAAUCAGGAUGGCUCACAAUCCCAGCUUCAAGAACGAAACGACGACUCAGGUUGAGGCGGAUUCACAAGGGAAGAAACACAUGAGCGCCAGGCAGAGGAGAGAGGAGAAGAAGAAGAAGCAGAAACAGGAAGAUUGUGACGGCGAGGAGAAGUCGGAGGUUUCCUCUGUGGAUCUGGGGUCAAAAGGUGGAGGAGGCUCUUCUCAGCAGCCACUGAAGAGAGGCCAGAAGAACAAGCUGAAGAAGAUCAAGGAGAAGUACAAGGACCAGGAUGAAGAGGACCGGGAGCUGAUGAUGCAGCUGCUCGGGUCUGCCGGGGCAGCCAAGGAGGAGAAGGACAGAGGGAAGAAAGGAAGGAAGGGCAAGGGAAAGGAGGAGCCUGGCAGGAAACCACAGCUGAAACCUCGAAACAUGGCCGCCGACGAGAAGAAACCUCAGCAGGAAGGAGGAAGAGGAGAGGAAGAGGAGGAAGAGGAGAAGCCGGCUGGAGAGCAGCAGCAGGAGGAGAAGGAAGACGAGGCGGACCAGGACAACGCCGGAGCGGAGGAAGCAGAAAACCUGCUGACGUCUCUGAGCGGCCAGCCGCACCCCGACGACGUCCUGCUGUUCGCUGUCCCCGUCUGCGCCCCCUACACCGCCCUGUCCAACUAUAAACACAAAGUGAAGCUGACUCCAGGCUCUCAGAAGAAAGGAAAAGCGGCUCGGACGGCGGUGCUCAGCUUCAUCAAGGCUAAAGACGCUUCAGCCCGGGAGAAGGACCUGUUCCGCAGCGUCAAGGACGCGGACCUCUCCAGGAACAUGCCAGGGAAGGUGAAGGUGUCGGCACCAAACCUGCUGGCUGCCAAGAGGAAGUGAACCCGUCCAGAUCCUGGCCGCUCCGCUGAGGGGUUAGGAGCUUCAAUUGUAAAGAUUGUUCUGAUUCCAUUUACAAAAAUAUUAGGAAUAAAAUAAAAAUCU